GAGCAAACUGUGAAAAGACCCUCCUCUGCCACGUCUGAACCUGCCCUGUCAGUUCCUUUCAGCUCAAACCUGCAGAAGAAGCCGAAAGAAAGAAGGAAGCUUUAAUUAAUUAACGUUCUGCAAUGCAGCCCAUCUUUCCUGUUCCUCUCCUGUUUCUCCUGUUGGCUCAACAAAGCGUUUGGUCGUCUACUCCACAGGAACCAAAAGUUCAAGGCUCUCCUCCAGAAAUCUCCAGCUUACAUCACCCCACCUGGAGCCUGGGGCUGCAGCUGUACAGGUCGCUCCGCACCAACGGUUCCCAGACCAACACCUUCAUCUCCCCGCUUCUGUUGGCCAACUCCUUGCUGGCUCUAGGGGGUGGAGCAAAAGGAUCCACAGCCAGCCAGUUUCAUGAUCUCCUGAGGAUCACCAAAAAUGAGAAUGUGGUAGGAGAGACUUUGACCACAGCACAGAAGGCUGUGCAUGAAUCAAAUGGGACCAGCUACAUAUUGCACAGUUCCUCUGCACUGUUUUCCAAACAAGCCCCUGAACUGGAGAAGAGCUUUCUGGAGAAGCUCCAGACCCACUUUGGGAUGCAGCAUGUGGCCCUGGAGGAUGCACAAAAACAGUCCGACAUGGAGAAGCUCCAGUACUGGGCUAAAAGUGGGAUGGAUGGGGAAGAGACAGCAGCUCUGAAAACAGCACUGGAGUCCAAAGCUGGAGCCUUGAUUCUGGCCAAUGCACUGCACUUUAAAGGAUUGUGGGAUCGAGGCUUUUACCAUGAAAACCAAGAUGUGCGCAGCUUCCUAGGAACCAAAUACACUAAAGUUCCCAUGAUGCACAGAUCAGGUGUGUACCGUCAUUACGAGGACAUGGAGAACAUGGUGCAGGUUUUGGAACUAGGCCUGUGGGAAGGGAAAGCCAGUAUUGUGCUGCUUUUGCCCUUUCAUGUGGAGAGUUUGGCUCGGCUGGACCGUCUGCUGACCCUGGAUCGACUGGAGAAGUGGUUUGGGAAACUCAACUCCACAAGUAUGGCAUUAUCCCUCCCGAGAACCAAGAUGAGCAGCGUGGUCAAUCUGCAGAAACAGCUAGCCGCAAUGGGUCUGGUAGAUGCAUGGAAUGAGACAUCGGCUGAUUUCUCUACUUUGUCAAGCCUAGGACGGGGAAAGCUUCACCUGGGAGCAGUGCUGCAUUGGACGACCCUUGAACUGGCCCCCGAGUCUGGCAGCAAGGAUGACGUACUUGAGGACGAGGAUGUGAAGAAGCCUAAAAUCUUCUAUGCAGAUCAUUCCUUCAUUAUACUAGUCAGGGACAACAGCACUGGGGCAUUGCUCAUGAUAGGUGCUCUGGACCACACAGAUGGCCCUGCAAUUCACGACGAGCUGUAAAGCCAAAA